CGACUGUCGAGACUGGGAGGCGAAUCAACUCCCCUAUCUCUUUCUACCCACGUAAUAAUAGCUAAUGGUUGAAUCCAGAGAGUGGAAUGCCAAUUGCCAAGAGGAGAGCUUGCGUCACGUGCACAAAUGCAAAAUGCAAGUGCUCGCCGCAGUCGGACAACUUGUGCCAGCGAUGCGCCCGGCUCGGCAAGCAGUGCGUGUAUCUAGACUUGCCGGAGAGGAAGAAGAGGCGCAGAAACGAUGAUGAUGAUGAGGGUGGUAGUAAUAGCCGAGUUGUUGCGCUGGAGAAUAGAGUUGAAGAGCUCGUAGCACAACUCGAUGCGAUAAGAAAUGGAGGCACUCGGCAUGUUCCCACAUCUUCCUCUACGGAUGACACGAGUCCUCCGAGCACAGGGGCCUUGUCGAUUCCAGACGCUCUGCGCAGUUCAGGGCCGGCCUCCCAAAAGCCAGAACUGCUCGACGCCGUGUCUGAAGGCUAUCACGGCCGCGAACCCCCAAAGACAUCCGUGCUGGAAGGUCUCCCAGACAUUGUCGACCGCGGCUUUCUCAGCGUGUCGGAAGCAGAGAAUCUAGUAUCGCAGUUCAAGUCCCGCUUCGUGUGGAUGUUCCCCUUCGUCGUGCUCGAUCCCUCCCAAACCGUCGUGGAUCUCCGCAAAAAGGAGCCGCUCCUCUUCCUCGCCGUUGUCGCGGCCUCCAUCCCCAGCGCGCACCCCAUCCGGAAACUCCUCGCCGACGAAAUCAUGCAGCACAUCACGUCGCGCAUCGUGGCGAGCUCGGAGAGGAACCUGGGCCUGGUGCGGGCGCUGCUGGUGCUGUGCGCGUGGUAUCGGUAUCCCGCGCAAAAGGGCCACGUGCAGCUUAUGCUGCUGAUGAAUCUAUGUACGACGAUGGUGUAUGAUCUGGGGCUUAAUCGAUUAAAGGGGGAGCUGACGACGGAUCAGCAGAGGGCGCUUCUUGGAACGUAUUGGGUUACUGCAAGCUUACCAAGGGGGUUGAAUCGCCCAGAGGCAAUGGCAAACAGCAAAAAGAUUGAAGAAUGCUGCAACAACAUGGCUGUUUCAACCGAGUACCCCUCUGAUAGAUGCAUCCGGCCGUUUAUCCUGGCCCAGUCUUUCGUAAAUACCAUCGACAGCAGCUACAGCGAGCUCGGGGAGUCAGGCCAUGACGAGACUCUCGUCAGAAUCAUGGUCGGCGCCAAGCUGCGCCAAUUCGAGAGUCUGGAAGCCACUUUGAAAGAAGAGUUGUCUAGACUUCCAAACCCAACCACCAGUGUAUUCACCUGCAACAUGCACUACGUCAACAUUGCCAUCCGAGACAUGGCCCUCGACGACGAGUACGUUUCUUACCAGACUCGUCACGCCUUUGAUCAGUCUCCCUCCGCCGAGGCGUUCAAAACAUCAGCCUACAGAUCAUCACUCCUCUGGCAUCUCCUCCGCCACAGCAAAGCCCUCAUCCAAGCCUACAUGGACAUACCCGACGCCCAACUAUCGCAAGUCACUGUCUUCACCCUCUCCCAGAUCUGUGCCUCCCUCGUGAUCCUACCGAGAUCCGUAUCCGCCCUGCUGAAGCUCAUCGUCGCCAGACAAGGUCCCCCCCAUAGUCGCACUUGGCCGGUCCAGGGCGAGGCGUUGGACGAGGCGCGGGCUAUCGUCGACGAGGCGGAUUUCCUCUCUACCACUAUCCGGCUGUACGAGAAGUUUCGGACUCUGAUAGUUGGCCUUACGACGCAAGAGAAGGGGCUGGACGUGGCUGGUACGCUGUGCUGCCACAUGAGCGUGCUGGCGAGCUGGUACGCGCCACGAGUGCAAGCGAUCCUGGGCGUCGAUCUUGUAGUCAAGCAUCCGCUGGCGUCUAUUACUCCUCACGCCGGCGACAUUGUCGACGUUAUCAAUGCCGCCAACGCCUCUAAUAGCGGCAAUACUAGUACUGCCUCGGUUCCACCAGUGGUUUAUCACAGCACAGAAAGGACUGGAUCGACUGAUGUGCAGCAGGGGUUUCCUGGGGCUUAUACCGGUGCGGAGGAUGGCAAUUACUUAUUUAGCGAUGAGUUGUGGGCUUCUGUGCUGGAGAGCUUUACCAGUUUUGCGUAAAAAGGGGUAAGAAAGGUAGGUGUAUAAGACACGAAGGACAUGUCACAACAAGAAUCAGACAAAACCUUUUUUUUUUCAAAUAAACUUAUUCAAUUUAGC